AUGCCGCGAGCCACUCAUCUCUCGGAUUCGGAGCGAGCUCAGAUCGACGCGAUCAAAACGGCUGGAUGGUCGAAUCGGCGCAUCGCAGCUAGGUUAGGACGGUCUUUCAAUUGUAUUAACACGUUUGUUAACAAUCCGGACCACUACGAGACCAACAAGAAGAGCGGAGCUCCGAAAAAAUUGACGGAUCGAGACACGAGAAGCAUCAUCAGACUGGCAUCCAAUUCGAUGAAGAGCUGUAACGACAUAAAGAAUGAGCUGAAACUGGAUUUGUUAAAUUCCAUGCCAAACCGCUUGUUUUCUAUUAUUUCCACUGGUGGAAAGCCCACAAAGUAUUGA